GUCGGACCAUGAUUGCCCGUCGAGCGUGGGGGGACAAGACGGACCGUCACACUCCCAUCCUCUGUCCUCUUGACGGCAACGGACGCUGCUAGAGACGGGCUGGAAACAAUGCAGGAAGCAAAGAACGGCACACGCAAAGCCUGCAACUUCUGUCGCAAGCGCAAGAUUCGCUGCGACGGAGAGACGCCGUGCGGAGCAUGCAUCCGUCACGGGGUAGACUGCACCGUUACGCUUGCUCCGAAGCGUCCGAGACCAACGAACGAAGCGCUGAACCAAGCCUUUGCCAAAAUCCAGAGGCUGGAAUCUCAGAUAGCAGUUGGCAAAACGGGGAGAGUAGCGAGCAGCAGCCGAACCGGGUCUCCUUCAUCACCUUCUUCUUCAGCGACGACAGCAACGACGGGCGGAGGUGCUCAAGAGAACAACUCAAUCAGACGGACAUUCUCGUCGCACCUCGACAUCAACAAUCGGGGUGAUACACACUACCAUGGGCCAACGAGCGCCUUGUUCCACGAUCGGUCAGACAGAGACAGUAGAUCGGGGCAACAGAAUAGGCAGGAUAGAAGAGCAAGAGCUGAGACGGCAUCGAAUGGCUCGACAGAAGCACCAAACAGAGGCAGAGAUGGCCCUCAAGAAGGAGAAGGAGAGGGCGAGCCAGCAGUAAGGACACAAGCUCGUAUUACCAAUUUCUCCUCGCCCGUCUCACCGCCACCCACGCAGCAAGAGCUGGCAGCGGUACUGACAUCAAAUGCAGCCCGGGAGAAGCAAUCAGAGGUCAUGAAUAUCGUUUCUGGCAAGCUUGAUUUCGACGGCUGGGAUCCAGAGCUUUGCCUUCACCUCCUGUCACUGCAUUGGAACCGCCAGCAUCACGCAUUCCUAGUCACAUACAGACCUCUCUUCAUGCGAGACAUGGCCGUCGGCUCCUCAGGUCGCUACUUUUCUCCACUGCUCCUCAACGCCAUCCUUUUUGGAGCAGCCAAGUUCAGCGAUCGGGUCCAUCAGCUACGAUCCGACAUCUCAGAUCCCUCUUCGGCAGGCUUGCAAUUCCUCAAAAGGGUUCAGGAGCUGCUGCCCGAAGCCCUGAUGAAGUCGCGAAUCACGACGGUUCAAGCGCUGCUGCUCCUGGCCUGUACUCACUACGCUAGGGGAUCUGAGAGUGCAGCUUGGCUCCACUCUGGACUAGCAUUUCGCAUGGCUUUUGAUCUAGGCAUGAACGAGGAUGGUCUCGACCUCGUGUCCGAGGCGAAGCUGCAACCCGAGGAGCUCGAGCUCCGACGGAGAGUCAUCUGGGCCGCUUAUGUUAUCGACAAGAUCCAUUCGCUCUACCAGGGCCGCCAAGCAUCGAUCAAGGAAAAGGAACUUUUUGUCCUAGCCGAGUUCAAUGACUCAUUCGAGGAGCUCGAGUACUGGACACCUCUAGCAUACAAUAAGGACUCGAGCGUGUCUUUCGGCUGCACCGUACACAGUGUGUCGACAUUUACGCAGCUUUGCCACCUGGCCGUCAUAUUAGAACGCAUCAUUGAUGCCUUCUACUCGGUCCAAAGCAGCAACGAGGACGUAGCAGUGCUCGAUGCAGCUCAUCGUAGGCUCGAAGAGCAGCUGGAGAGCUGGCGGCGCAGCCUGCCAGCCUGUCUCGAAAUUCCGAUGCAAUCCUCGCCCCCUUCUCCUUCACGCUUCUCACCCAACAUCAUCUCCCUCAACGCGCUCCAUCACGCCAUCGUCAUUCUGCUUAACAGGCCCUUUCUCCCUUUCGGACACCUUAGAAGAGCCGUUGAGGAGGAUGACGAGAACCAGGCGCGAGCGCGAUCCGCCUGGAAGGCGUGUGUGGACUCGGCGACCAAGAUUUCGCUGCUGAUGCAUCACUAUCGACGGAGUGUCACGAUGAAGGGCGCGCCUCAGCUCAUCAGCUACAUCAAUUUUUGUGCAGCGGGGAUCCAUGUCAGGCUCGCUGCGCAGCUCUUUGCAAAUGAUAAUACAACAGGGGCGGCACCAGCGACGGCGGCAGUGAAAAAGGACCAAGAAGGGGCAUUGAGGGCGCUUAAGGCAUGUCUAGACGACUUCCAAGCCAACACAGAUCCGAACCCAGGUGUUGCAAAGGCAAAUGAUGUCAUUCAGAGGAUGGCUGCCCAGCUGGGCAUCCUCGAGAGGGUCAAAAGCGUCCAUCUUGAUGCACCUACUUAUAGACAGCACCGGUAUCAGCCGUUGGCGUCGUCGCCGUCGUCCGUGAACGAGAUAGCAGGCAAUGUCCAGCAGACUUCACAGCUGGACAAUGCAAGGACUUCCGAUCAUCAGCCAAUCUAUACACCAGCUCUUGGGGAUCAGCAGGAUGGGCAGUUGCUCAAUUCAUCACUCCUCCAACAGGGGCAAGUGGCAGCAGCAGAUCCGUCAUCUGUCGCCGCUGAGCUGCCCUCGGCGACGUCUGCGACUGGAGGCUUCGAUCUCGAGACUUUCCUCGCACGACCUUCGCUCGACGACCUGGCCAGCAGCGGCAAUCUGUUUGAUUUCCUGCAAGACUCCAACUUUCCUCCAGGGUUGGCCCAGCAAGAUGUCAUGUUUGGUUUUCUCAAGGACAGCUUAGGCGCCUGACACCGGCUGUUUGUUGAGCAAAAAGGACCCUCAAUGUCUGCAGCAUGUGGAGCGAUCAGAUAAGAUUUUCCCUCACCGAUCCAGCCCGCCCCCCUUGGCCUAUUUCCCAAAACUCACAAAUGCAUCAUUAUUCUGGUAUUCAUAGUUUAUUUUGUCCCGCU